AUGUCAGAUUCGUUUCACCGGAGAAAACUCACGUCAUCGGACUUAAACCGAGGCCGGAGCUCCAGGACCACUAGACGUAAGGUGAAGCACCAAUUCUCCCGUCGUAAGAUUCGUUCAAAGUCUAAUAAAAUCCUCAGCCGAAGUUUCUCGGAGCCGAAUCUCCACCAAAGCAGCGCUGUUGAAGAUGAUGGUGAUCGACUUUGCUCUACGCCGGUGGUAGAUCUCCCGGAGGAGAUCGUUUACCUCUCUAUGAUCCGUUCUGAGGUUUUCGCUUCAGCUCCGUCGUUAUCUGGCUUCUCUUCACCGUCUUUGUCCCCGAUUAACCAACAGGUUUACAAGAGAGAAGCAGAAAAGGUUGUCAUCAGUGUAUCGGUAGAAGGAAGUCCAGGACCUAUAAAGAUUUUGGUUAAGCUAAGUUGCAGCGUCGAAGAAACGAUCAAGAUUGUUGUGGACAAGUAUCGCAAAGAAGGACGAACACCGAAACUCGAUAAAGAUCUUGCCUUUGAACUGCAUCAGUCUCACUUUAGUAUCCAAUGUUUGGAGAAGACCGAAAUCAUUGGUGGAAUAGGUAGUAGAAGCUUCUACAUGAGGAAGAAGGAACCUGAAAACAUGAUUCGGGUGAUUAAGAAUCUUCCGUCAUCGAACUUGAUCCAAUCUUUUGUGCAACAAAAGAUUGGGAGAAUUGUGAGGAGGACAAGGAAGAUAUGGAACAUCUUGGUAUGUGCUCAAUGAACAACAAAAACGGUUUUAAACAGGAACAAAGUAUUGUUCCAGUUAUGUUUUACACACUUCAACACAAAAGUUAUGUUUUACACUUGGAGCUACACAUAAUAUUUACGUGUGUUAGCUCAAAUUUUAUUAAAUAGAAUCAGUUAUUUGUAAAAGUUUAUUUACUUUAUGACUUGCAACAUACACACUAUAGGUAUUAAAUAUAUUUGCG